AUGGCGAACAACAAUCUGCAAACACCGCACCUCGUCGACACCGAAUGGUCGAAGCAGCUCAUCGUCAAGGGAAAGCCCUUUCUCAUACGAGGGGGCGAGCUGCAGAACUCCUCGCUCACCUCCGCCGAGUACAUGAACACUGUCUGGCAGCAGAUGGUCGACACGAACGUCAACACGCUGCUGGGCUGCGUGACAUGGGAAGACAUCGAGCCCGAAGAGGACAGGUUUGACUUUGCGGAACUGGACAGCGUGAUUGAAGGUGCCCGCAAGCACAGUCUGCAUCUGAUCCUGCUGUGGUUCGGGUCGUUCAAAAACGGUCUUUCCACGUACACCCCCGGAUGGGUCAAGACGAAUGCAAGGCGCUUCCCUCGCGCCAAGCUGAGGAAGGCCGGCGGACGCCUAUGCACAGCUGAUGUCGUUUCCAUCUUCCACCCCGAAGUGCGCCGGGCGGACGCCAGGGCCUUCGGGACGUUGAUGUCUCACUUGAAAGCGUUUGAUGAGGCCCACUCGACCGUCAUCAUGGUCCAGGUCGAGAACGAGACAGGCCUGCUCGGCGACUCGAGGGACGGAUCUGACGUCGCCAACGAGGCCUUCGGCAAGGCUGUUCCUCAGGACCUUGUCCAACAUCUCGUAUCGGACUGGGACAACCUGCACGCGGACAUGAAGACGAUGAACCUGAGCCACUUUGACCCCAAAUCAGUGCCGGAAGACGGCAACUGGGAAACAAUCUUUGGCACCAGCCCACGUACGGAUGAGCUCUUCAUGGCAUACCACUAUGCCAAGUAUCUCAACGACGUGGCAGCGGCCGGCAAGGCCGAAUACGACAUACCCCUAUACACAAACGUGUGGCUGAACUAUGCCGGCGAGGAUUCGGACAACGAUUUCCCCAUCGUCGUUGGCGGAGGCGGUUCCCCCGGCGACUACCCAUCAGGCGGCGCGUGCUCCAACGUGUUGGACAUCUGGAUCAAGUUUGCGCCGCGCCUCGACUUCAUCGCACCCGACGUCUACCUCACCGAUUACGCAAGCUCAUGCGAAAAGUAUCGCCACCGAAACCAGCCCCUCUUCAUCCCUGAGCAGCGGCGCGACGACUACGGGGCGCGCCGUAUCUGGGCCGCCUACGGUACUUUUGCUGCCAUGGGCGUUUCGCCUUUUGGCAUCGACACGCUCGAGCCUGGCACGAACCCCUUCACCAAGCAUUUUGGCCUCCUCAAGUCGACUUCGGCCAUUGUGCUUGAUGCCCAGCGUCGCCGGGACACCUCGGUGGGCUUCUUUUUCGACGAGAUCCCCUCGGCUCCAAAUGCAAAAGACACGAGCCCCCUUGUACGCCGCACAUGGGGCGGAUUCCACAUCACUAUUGAACGGGCCUUCGUCUUCGGCAAACCUGGCCCCGGCGCCGGCAUGGUCAUCCAUCGCGGCGGUGGGAAGUUUCUGCUCAUUGGCUGGGGUUUUCAGGUGUCGGCCAAGGCUGGGGCCGAGGACAGCGUAUUCACCGGAAUCCUGCGAUUCGAGGAGAAGAAGAUUGUCAACGAGGCAACGGGUCAGCUCAAGACGGCGCGGGUGCUGAACGGGGAUGAGACGAGGAGCGGACAAGUGGCACUGAUGCCCAACGAGGAUCCAGACUAUGGCGGGUUCCCCAUCUGCGUGACCAUCCCAGCGAGGACCAUGAUCGCAGAAGUCCAAUUCUACUCCCUGACCGAAUAA